AUGAAAGCGCUAAUUUCAUUUGGUGUUAUAACAGUUUUAAUGGUGAUUUCAGUGCGCGCGACACCCGCCAUUAGCUCCAGUGAAAACUCGAUACCCAUCAUGAAUCGCAAUCAAUUGGAAGAGGGCUUUCUGCGGAAACUCAACAUCAAAUGCAGUCAAAGGGACAAUCAUUCGUGUAUGAUGCUCAAACUGAUUGUCUACAUGAAUCGAAUAUUUAAAAAGUCUUCUAUCGAGAUAAAUGAAAAUUUAAAAGUCUCACAAAAUAGAGACAUCGACUCCAUACCGGAUGAUCCCGAUGAUGAUUUACUGUUGGCGCGUUCAAUUGAAUCCGAUGAUGAGACGCUCGGUCUAUUGGUGGCCGGAAAAAUUUGGAAAUUUAUACGCUCACGUACGCUACGCUAUAAAUUCUCCGAUAAUGCAGACUUUGUGCUCACCACCGAACCCAAAGGCAAUUUGAACUUUGGCGUGUCCGUCAGUCCAGUGGAUGCGCUCGAAGAGGGACGUGGAAAAAUGAAAAAUAUGGGACCAAUGUUGAUGGUAAUGAUGGCCAAGGCGGGCAUGGUGGGUGCCAUCAUGCUCAAGGGUCUGUUCCUGCUGGCAGGAAAAGCGUUAAUAGUCUCCAAAAUUGCGUUGCUCUUGUCGGUGAUAAUCGCUUUGAAGAAGUUGCUAUCACAAAAGAAACACGUAGUAGAGAUACCACAUCACGACACCUACAGUUCGGGUUGGGCGCGCGCAUUGGAUGGUUUUAUUGAGGGCAUGGCUGAGGUGCCGGCACAGAUAAUAGCACAGGAGGCGCAGGAUAUGGCAUACAAUGGACAAAUGCCAACGAAGGAGAUCCAUUAA